AUGGAGCCAGUCGUUCUGCACAAGCUCGGAAAGCCCCACAGCAUUGGCAGCUCUGAACGGAUUCAGCUCUCAGGAAUGUACAAUGUUCGAAAAGGGAAAAUACAUUUGCCAGUCAACAGAUGGACAAGACGCCAAGCUAUCCUUUGUGGAACAUGCCUAAUUGUCUCAUCAGUAAAAGAAAGCCAGACUGGAAAGAUGCAUGUUCUCCCUUUAAUUGGUGGAAAAGUGGAAGAAGUGAAAAAGCACCAGCACUGUUUAGCAUUUAGCUCUUCUGGACCUCAAAGCCAGACCUAUUACAUUUGUUUCGAUAACUUCACUGAAUAUUUGCGAUGGCUUCGACAAGCAUCAAAGAUUGCAUCACAACGCAUAAGCUCAGUGGAUCUUUCAUGCUGCAGCCUGGAGCACCUGCCUGCCAACCUGUUUUAUAGCCAAGACCUCACUCAUCUCAAUUUAAAGCAGAAUUUCCUAAGGCUAAACCCCAGCCCAUCCACAAGCAGAGCGCUUAGUGAAUUGCAAAGAUUCACCAAGUUGAAGAGCCUUAACCUUUCCAAUAAUAAUUUAGGAGACUUCCCACUGGCAGUCUGCAGCAUCCCAACCCUGACUGAGCUCAACGUGUCCUGCAAUGCCCUCAGAAGUGUUCCAGCAGUUGUAGGCGAGAUGCACAACUUGCAGACAUUUUUGCUAGAUGGCAACUUUCUCCAGUCCCUUCCUGAUGAGUUGGAGCAUAUGCAUCAACUCAGCUAUGUGAGUCUGUCCUUCAAUGAGUUCACCGACAUUCCAGGGGUGCUGGAGAAGCUGACUGCCAUGGAUAAGCUCUGUAUGUCAGGAAACUGCAUGGAUACCCUGAACCUACAGGUGUUAAAAAAGAUGCCUCAUAUUAAACAUGUGGAUCUAAGAUUGAAUUCAAUUAGGAGAUUGGAAGCCGGUGAAGUAGAUUUUCUGCAUCAUGUGACCCAACUGGAUCUGAGAGACAACAAACUUGGGGAGCUGGAUGCAACAGUUUUUAACAACGUUGAAGUGUUACACUGUGAACGAAAUCAACUGGUAACCCUCAAAAUCAGUGGAUAUUUUCUCAAAGCGCUGUACGCUUCCUCAAAUGAACUUGCUCACCUUGAUGUGUAUCCAGUUCCUAAUUGCCUGGCUUAUAUGGAUAUUUCUAGGAAUCACCUGGAAAACCUGCCUGAGUGGGUGUGUGACAGUAGGAAACUGGAAGUGUUGGAUGUUGGCCAUAACCAGAUACGUGAGCUGCCUGCCCGGUUGUUUUACAAUAGUAGCUUGCGGAAGCUGCUGGCAGGACAUAACAUGUUAGGAAGGCUACCAGAUCGGCUUGAGCGAACGCAAGUGGAGGUCCUGGACGUGCAACACAACCAGCUCCUUGAACUGCCAUCUAACCUGCUUUUGAAAGCAGACAGCCUGAGAUUUCUUAAUGCCUCUGCCAACAAACUGGAAAUGCUUCCUCCAGCCACUCUUUCUGAAGAAACCCAUAGCAUCUUGCAGGAGUUGUAUUUGACCAAUAACAACCUGACAGAUAAAUGCGUACCCUUGUUAACGGGCCAUCCACACCUGAAAAUCUUGCACAUGGCUUACAAUCGCUUACAGAGCUUCCCUGCGAGCAAAAUGGCCAAGCUGGAAGAGUUGGAAGAAAUUGAUAUUAGUGGGAACAAACUGAAAGCCAUUCCAACAACCAUCAUGAACUGCAGACGUAUGCAUACUGUAAUUGCUCACUCCAACUGCAUUGAAGUCUUCCCAGAAGUCAUGCAGCUUUCUGAAAUAAAGUGUGUGGACCUAAGCUGCAAUGAGCUGAGUGAAGUCACAUUGCCUGAAAAUCUGCCUCCAAAACUACAAGAGCUGGACCUGACUGGAAAUCCCAGAUUAGCCUUGGAUCACAAAACCCUAGAGCUGCUGAACAAUAUCCGUUGCUUCAAGAUCGACCAGCCCUCGGCCGGUGAUGCUUCAGGAGCACCGGCAGUGUGGAGUCACGGUUACACAGAAGCAUCAGGCGUCAAGAACAAGCUGUGUGUGGCAGCACUUUCAGCCAAUAACUUCUGCGACAACCGGGAGGCGCUUUAUGGUGUUUUCGAUGGUGACCGCAACGUGGAAGUGCCGUAUCUGCUGCAGUGCACAAUGAGUGACAUUUUAGCAGAAGAGCUGCAGAAAACAAAGAAUGAGGAGGAAUACAUGAUCAACACUUUCAUCGUUAUGCAGAGGAAACUUGGAACAGCUGGACAAAAACUUGGAGGCUCUGCUGUGCUUUGCCAUAUAAAACACGAUCCCAUGGACCCUGGUGGAUGCUUCACACUAACCUCGGCAAACGUGGGGAAGUGCCAAACCAUUCUCUGCCGGAAUGGGAAACCUCUGCCUUUGUCCAGGUGUUAUGUGAUGAGUUGUGAAGAAGAGCUGAAGAGGAUUAAGCAGCAUAAGGCCAUUAUCACCGAGGAUGGCAAAGUGAAUGGUGUGACGGAUUCAACAAGAAUCUUGGGGUACACCUUCCUUCACCCAAGUGUUGUGCCGCGUCCUCACGUCCAGUCCAUCACCUUAACUCCACAAGAUGAGUUUUUCAUUCUGGGGAGCAAGGGGCUGUGGGACAGCCUCUCGAUGGAUGAAGCAGUGGAGGCAGUCAGAAACGUGCCUGAUGCGCUGGCAGCCGCGAAGAAGCUUUGCACUUUGGCCCAGAGUUACGGCUGCAACGACAGUAUCAGCGCUGUCGUGGUUCAGCUCAACGUGACGGAGGACAGCUUCUGCUGCUGUGAACUUAAUGGGGUCCCACCCCCUAGCCCAGGCAUUUUCCCCCAGUCUGUCAACGUGGUCAUCAAGGACAGGCCAACAGAUGCGCUUGGGAUGCCAUCUUCCAGCAGCGGCAUGGCUUCGGAGAUCAGCAGCGAGAUCUCCACCUCUGAAAUGAGCAGUGAGGUGGGGUCCACAGCGUCCGACGAGCCUCCCCAGGUAGCCAUGAACGAGAACAGCCCAGCCUACCCCGGGGAGCAGCGCUGCAUGCUGCACCCUGUCUGCCUGUCCAAUUCUUUCCAGCGGCAGGGCGGGAGCCAUAAUUUAAUUGAAGUUGCAACAGACGCGCCACUCAGAAAAACAGGGGGCUACUUCGCUGCUCCAGCACAGCCCGAUCCCGAUGACCAGUUUAUCAUCCCACCAGAGCUUGAAGAAGAAGUGAAGGAGAUUAUGAAGCAGCACCAGGAACAACAGCAGCAGCAGCAGCAGCGGUUGUGCACCACUGCCUACACAAGGAAAACCAGCAGCGGCAGUAUCCGAUGGACCACCUGGCAGACUAUUACGACACACCACUAUGACCCAUUCUAUUCACUGCUCAGAAAUAAACUAAUGAGCAAGGAGACUUGAGUGUGGGACCCAGUGGGCUCGCAUUACAGCAGGGUUUUUCCUUAUCCUUUUCCUUUAUGUACUUCCUUUUCCCUUAUCCUGCCACUACAGAUAACUGCAGCUUUUCAGUUUGUUAGGUUUAAUAUUCAUUGACUUUCUUCUAGAGACGCUUGACCAGUAAAGUUUAAAAUAGUUAACCUUCCCUUAACAUAUCACGUGUAAAAACAAAAAGCAAAAAAUAAUUAAAAAAAAUAAUAAAAAGGUUUAAUAUAUUGCUGAGAAACAGAUGAUGAUGUAAUAUUUUUUAAAAUGGCUUGUUUGUUUUGUUUGAAAAGCAGGGCAGUAGCCAGUGCUAAAUGAUUUAAGUAAUAUUGUAAUACUGUAUUUCUUUGAGAGAAAAGGCUUUUUUUGGUCUUGAAAAUGAUAGACAUUUGUAGAAUAUGGAGACUAACUCCUAGGAGUUGCUUUACUCUUUCAGGUGACUUAAGUCACUGAGAUUCACUAAUUUUCUCUGAGAGAACAGUUGAUUGGGGAAUUCCUGUAAAUAGCUCAGUGUUGUAUAGUGAUGCUUACAUGUUUUGUAGCCUUGGCAUUAAGGACACAACCUGAAAAACUGACCUUUUUUCUUAAGCGACUCUCUGGGCCAUGGUCAUUAAACGUAACGGACUGAGUGGCUGUGUACAAGUUAGCUAGAGCUGAGGUGGUGAAGACCAUUUAAAGAAAAACCCACUUUUUCCUCUGGUCUCUCUCUUUCCUUACUUUUACAGACACGUUUUGUUUGUGUUCCUUACUGCUGCCACAACCAGCAUGAUUGUAUAGAGCUCAUUUGCUGUAGAACAUUUACAUACCAAGAGUUAUAUUAAAGCCGAAUGCACAAAUGAACAUGUCAUAAUUUUUGUUAUAAUAAAUAUGAAAUUUACACCUGA